GUUGCCUAUCCACACAGUCUCGCGGUUCCCCGCGUCUCGUUGGCUGAACCUGUACGUGCACUCUCACGGGCAUCUUCGUCGGGCGAUGGUAUGCGUAUUACCAUACCUCUCCGGCAUGGCUGACCAUAGACCGGCUCAGAAGUGGCCGAGACAUUCGCCUCUCGACCGCGACCAUGAGAGCACUCAACUCGCGACGCCCACAGCCUACGAGUACCUUCCUCAGCCUGGUCCCUCGGUCCUGCCUCUGUCUUCUGCUGCUGCUGUUCGUCGUCGACGGUGGCGGAGCGCGCAGCGUGACCCGCGAUGAAACAGCCCCGCUUCUGGAGCCCGGGGUCAAGCUUUCGGCAGUCGAGAGUGAUCCAAGCGCGAGCCUAGCUUCGUCGAAGAGCAGCAGUGCGCCGGAGCAAGUGCCGGAGAAGCUCGCCGAGACUCGGACCGAUGACGCUCAAGAUGAGAAGGUCGAGCCUGAGGAAACGGGGAGUCUUCAAGGCAAGGUUUCGCAGCCGGAGGCUGGGGACCAGCCGGGACAAGCUGGCAAGGACAACGCCGAGCAGCUCGCUGAUCGGUCGCCGGGAAGGAACGUCGCGCCGGAGGUCCGGAAGAUCGGCCUUGAGGAACAGGAGACGCGGAAAGCCGACCAAGAAACGAACGCCGGGAUCGGAGAGCCGGGUAGCGAGAUCCUGAAGCAGCAAGACGAGGAUGCCGCCGUGGCCAAGAAGAGAAGACGGAACGACGUCGCUCCCAAGCCGGAGGUGCGCGACGACGCGAGGAUCCCCGUGGAGAGGAUCGAGGAUCCCAAGGACGAGGGAAUCCGCAGGUUCGACGGUCAGGUGGACGCCGACGGAGCCGUGCCUUAUCAAGAGAACGUUCCCGAUGUUGGGACCAACGAUGCCGGUGCUCGUCAGUUGGCGGACCCCGGACAGAACACGGACGAAUGGGUCGGAUCUGCUCCGAAGGAGGAAGAACCUCCUGCGAAGGUUCUGGAGACCGGAGGGCCGCAGGAGAAGCUCCUGCCGAGCUAUUUUGUCCUCAAGUGCGGACCGACCGAUACCGAUCGAGAGAAAGAGAACGUCGAGGACGACGACGAGGCCAGCAAGAACAGAGGACACAGGUGCCUGAACUAUUCUCAGAGCAAAUCGCGACGCAAGAGCUCCACCGUCUACUUGAGCGCCGAAGAGAAGAAGAUACCGGACGGAGAGCAGCAGUCGAUCGUCGAAGGCCAGAUCAAGAAACUGAUCUCGAUCCGCGACGACGCGUUGGACGCGCAGAAGGUGGACAACCUGGACGAGGCCAAGGUCCUGACCUCCAAGCGACAGGCUGGACUGGACGAGACCACGAUCACGCAGGAGGACGUCCGACUCGAGCAGGAAACCAAGGGGAACAAACCGAAGUCGGGCAGGGCCCAGAGCAUCCACCGUGUCAAGCUGAUCACGCCGGAGUCCGUCGUGUACAACAUCCUGCAAGAUGCUCUGGAUACGUAUCCCGUUGAUCAGACGCUGAUAUCGUACGUCGACCCGAAGAACGAGACGCUGAACGACCUGCUCACCUCGGACCAGCUGCACAUCCUGCUGAUGGCGGAGAAGCUGCUGCCGCAGGCGCUGCGCCAGGAAUACUCCAACAGUAUGUUCUCCUGCCUCCUUAGGUUCGAGUACUUCAGCUGCAUCAAGUAUUUCGCCUGGCCCAUGAUCAAGCAGUAUUUCCCGGCUCUGCCGGCGUUCCCCGACUAUCAGAACUGGUACCCUAUCUACGACAUGCAUCCGCAGUACCCGCAGUACCCGCAGUACCCGCAAUACCCGCAGUACCCGCAAUAUCCGAUCGUCCCGUUCCCAAUUAUGGAAGGAGGAGUCGGCGAGUUGCCGGAAGUCGUCGACGCCUACGGCACGCGAUCUGGAAGGCCGAAGCCCGAGGCUACCAUCAUCCAGAUUCUCCAGAAUACCUUGAAGGAGCAGCCACGCCUAUCGGCCUCGCCGUCCUUCAUCGACCGAACCGCGGACUCUUACAUCGCUUUGAUACCUCAGGACCAAUUGCUUUCUAUCAGCAUGGCCGAGCAACUGAUCCCAGCUGCCUAUCGGCCGCAGUUCGUCCAGAAAACCGUCAAGUGCAUGAAGGAGUUCAAUUACCUGGCCUGCAUCAAGUAUUCGACCUGGCCCACCGUCAGACAGUUCAUACCCAAUUUCCCAGACAUCUCUGGCAUUCUGCCCGACUUUCAGGUUCCAGGAUGGUCGGACAUCGUCGACUACAUCCCCUCAUUGCCGAGUGUCCCGGAUCUGGGUUCUUACUGGCCCUUCGGAGACUCCUCGGAGCAGCCGGACAGCCCGACGUUCGUGCUGCUGAAAGAUCGACCGGACACCCUGCAGUCGUCCAAAGAGCUGGAGACGAAGAUCUUAAAUAUGCUGCUGGACGUUCAAAGCUCCAUCGGCAGGACCCCGGAAAUCACGCCGUUCGUUCUCACCGGGAACGUGGUCAUGUUCACCAGGUUCACGAGACCUCAGCUCGAUAUUCUCCGACUGUCGGAGUCCCUGAUACCAUCCAUUGCCAGGCCAGGUCUGGUGACCGAAGUGAUCGUGUACCUCCAGAGGAGCGACAACUUCAUCGACUGCGCCAGGUACGUGAUAUGGCCCACGCUGAUCAGGUACGUGACCAAUUUGCCCGCGUUCCCUUCGUUGGAGAGCAAGGAGCCGAUCGGCGCUGCUCAGGCGACGCCGGAGUCGAAGGAACCGUCCGCCGGUCCCGGAGAAAAGCCGCAGGAACGCGUGAUCUCCGGAGGAGACAGCGACAAGGUGAUCGCGAACCGUUUCCAAAACGAGGAGUCGAGGAACAAGGGCCAGCAGAACGUCCCGGUGAUCAGCGUGACCGGGACAAGAUUCGUGCCGAUCUUCACGGAGCAUCCCGAGACCGUGAUCCUCAACAUCGUCCGCUCGGUGCAGCUGCAGUCGCUGAACUUGAAUCGCGGCGCCAGCAGCCCUUCGACGACCAAGAACCAGCAGUUCAUCGACCUGUUGAACGAGCAGCAGACGAACAUCGUGAACAUCGUGGACGGCCUUCUGCCGGAUAGCGUUCGCAACGAGUUUGCGAACAACUUGAUCGCUUGUCUGCGCGUGAACAACUUCCUGAUCUGCACCAGGGACGUGAUCUGGCCGACCUUGUCCGGCUACUUCCCCUGGCUGCCCAGCUUCCCCAACUUCGGCAGCAUAACCAAUCGUCCCAGCAGCGGCCCUUCUCCCGACGACGGCAACAAGCAGAACCUGACGGAACCCAGCUCCAGCACCGACGCUCCUCCUCUGUCGGAGACGGACGUCACGACUGGACAGCACGGGGACACGAAAGUGACCAUAACCGACACCAGAUUCGUCCCGAUCUUCAACGAGCUACCCGAAACGGUAAUCCUCAACAUCCUGAAGGCCGUGCAGCUCUCUAUCCCGAACCUCUCGGCUCCUAACGCUCCAACCAGGUCUCAGGACUUCCUCAAAAUCCUGACAGAGCAGCAAGUCAACAUCUUGAAUAUCGCUGAGAACCUGUUACCCCUCUCCACCCGAGCCAGUUACGUCGACAGGCUCAGAUCCUGCCUGAGCGACAAGGUGUUCUUGCAGUGCGUCAGGGACGUUACUUGGCCGACGAUCGCGCAGAUUUAUCCCUGGCUACCGAGCUUCCCGAACUUUGGUGGCUACCAGAGCAUACCUAGGAUCAGGCUUCAGAUGUUCCUGGCGGAAAAUUCACAGGGUUCCAAUAUCGAGGUUCUGCCCUCGCAGGAGAACCUGAACCUCGAGGGACUGGCAUUGGAGAAGGUCGAGGAGAGGAUAGAGAGAAUCCUGGUGGACGCUUUGAACAGGGACUCUGAUCUCAAGCGAGCCUACUUGGACGUCGGCAACCCUUCUCUGUCCCAUCUGACCAGACGUCAGCAGAACAUCGUGAAGCUCGCGGAACUGGGCAUCCCGGCGGAAGAGAGGGCGGCGUACAUCGGCAGAAUAGAAAAAUGCACGAAGGAGUACGACUUUGUUGGCUGCACGCAGAAUAUCACGUGGCCGACCGUGCAACGGAACCGUCCAGACUUUCUGGCAGACUUCUUGGAGAUCUUCAAAUCGCCGGAGGAUCGUCCGAUAUCCGUCAGUCCUUUCCCUCCGUCAGACCUGCCCUCGAAUAUUCAGCCUAUUCCAGGUUUCUACGAGCGUCCCGCCGGACUUCCGCAAGGAAUUCCCCAGCCAGCGAUCACCCUACAGGUCUCGGGACAAUCGUCGCAAGCAUCCGCCGAAGCCCAGCUGUUAUCGAAUCAAGGAUCGUCAGCGUUUACGCCGUCAGUAGAUAACGAUGGAGAGGUACCCGGGUACGCAGGCCAACCGCCGGGCAUCUUCGUAGAUAUCUCGAAGGAGCAGGUACAGCUUGCCGACAUCGUUCAGCUGACAGCAGGAACGAAGGAGUCGGGAGUCAAGAGCAGAGAACGCCGGAGCGUGGACGCGACGAAGACCUACUACGAGACCGUCGAAUCAUCCGACUCUUGGGAAUCGUCCGCAGAGUUUCUCAACUUCUCGGAGUCCGAGUACCUUCAGAGUUUGAUCGAAAUGCGGGAGAUCGCGGGGUCGCGCAGCAAAUCGAGCUCGGAGCCGAAGAGCUACUUCGCCGAUACGUUGAACGACACGGUUAGGAGCGCUCUGUCGGCCGAUCAGUACGAGAUCAUCAAGGUCGUGGAGGACGUGGACCCCGUGCAGGGCAGAGGAAUCGCUCAGCAGGUGAUCAACUGCAUCGCCGGUCUCAGCUUCAUCAGGUGCAUCGGGAUCUUCGUGUGGCCCUUGAUCGCCAGCCAAUUCCCCGUCCUCGGGUUCCUAGGUCGCGGCAUGAACACGGAGAUCAAGGUGCAGGAGUUAUUCGGCAUGUCGACGACCGAUUUGGAGAAGGAGAUGCUGCAGAGGAAGGACUCGAUCGAGCAGUACCUGCUCGACUGGUACAAGCAGGUCGUCGAGGAGAAGUUUCAGACGAACCUGGGCUUCUUGAAGGUCAAGGGCUACGGGAACGGCGAGCUCGGCAUCUGCUUCUCCGGCUUCAGGGAGGGCAGGGGCGCCAAGCUCAAGGACAAUAAGAACCUGCCCAGUAUCUUGACGAUCAUCAGCGACAUCAUGGAAGAGGUCCUGGACCAGCGACCCGAGUCCGAGAAGCCGAGGAGGGACAAGGAGAAGAAGGAGAAGAGCAUCGACAUCUCCAGAGAGGGCGAGAUCCAGUUCUUGAAGGACACCGAGCAGUACGUCGACAUCAUGAGGUCGUUGAACGACGACGAGAUCAUCACGAUGUUCCUGGACAAGAUCAGGACGAACGACACGGAGCCGGAGGGCGACGACGGCAAAUUUUUCGGCCUCGAAGACGCGUACAACGCGUUCGAAGACCUCUUCGGUCCAAGGUUCGCUCACAGCAGGCUCGCUCAUAAGUUGCAGACCUUUAACCAUAAAUUGAGAAGUCUGGAGGAGACUUCGCCGGAGGAGAACAAGGGUGUGGACAUCCUUUCUUUGGAGUCUCGGAAGAGCGCGGAGGAGCUGAAGCUGUUGCCGCUGGGUAGCCAGGCAACGUACGACCUCAAGAAAGAGCCCUCCAGGGACCAGGAACAGAGACAAAGGCAGGAGAGAGCGAAGAACUUCAUCAACUCCUUCCUGGAGGAGAGGCUGGAAAAGAACUUCUUCAACUCCUUCGAGGAGAGGCUGGAAGAGAUCGAGGACAACAAGAUCGCGGACGAUCGGGUCGAGAAGGACAAGAAGUCGGGCCUGAUAGUGAAGCUGCCAAGACUGGACGAGGAGUUCCUGCCGAAGAAGAUGACCAACUCCAUCGUGCACCUCGGCAGAGCUAUGAAGAACAAGAUGAUGCAGAUGAUGCCCGGGCUGGGCUUGAUUUUCUCGUUCCUGCUGCAAAUGGCGGUGACCCACGCGAAGGCCGCCGCCUCGAUGGCUGGCAUAAUCAGCAACAUGGCCAUGGGCUCGGCGAUAGUCGCGAUGAUCCGCGACUCCUUCUUCGGGGCGAACAAUCACCCUCAGAUUAAAUACGUUUACGAUAAUCAUAAGAUCGGGCCGGGCAUCACCUGGCCCACUAAUUCUCAUUAUCGCGGACUGUCCCUCGUUCCCCGAGCACGGCGAACGGUUUCGUUUAGGCAAAUCGAGGCAGGCACGCAACAACAGUCCCGGGCCGUUUCCAUGGCGAACCGCGCCGCGUGGAACCCGCUAAUCCCGAGGAAAGUAUUUGCAUUCGAGCGAGAAUCGCGAGAGCCGUUCGUUUCACUUUCCGUCAGGCUGCCGGCAGAACGGCCGCCCGCCAACGGCGUCAACAGUACAGUCUCGGUCGUUCCUCCGCUUCGAUUCAGCCCGGUCUAUCGGGAAUCAUCGCGGCGAUCAUCGGCGGCCGAUCCCCGCGGGCCGAUCACGUCGGAACUCGAGCCCAUCGGGUCACCGGUGCUCGUACGAUACUCAAUCGAGAUGAUACUUCUUUUCCCGUUGCUGUUGUGGGCCGGGGUCCUGCCCGCCAUGGCUGAGUACGUCCCGCCUGGGCCACGGUUCAGGUGUCCCAGGGAGACCAAGUACAUUUACCCCUGCGUGUGUCUGAGGGGCAGCGACAGGGGCCUGUACGUUCGCUGCGAGAACACGAACCUGGCCAGCCUCAGCCUGGCCUUCUCGAACCUGGGCAACGAGGGAAUGCCCAUCGAGGAGCUCGUCUUGUACAAAUGUAACAUAGGUCGCUUCUACGGACCGGCGCUCUAUCCCCUCGACGUCCGGGUGCUGAGGUUCAUCGACACGUCGCUGAGACUCAUCGAGGAGCACAGCUUCCUCGGCGUGAACAGAACGCUCCAGGAACUCCACAUCGUGAACAGCACCCUGGAGAAAUUUCCGCGGGAAGCAUUGCAAAUCCUAGGGAACCUCAGCCUUCUCAGCAUCGCCGGCCACCGGAUGUCUACUCUGCCUGUCGACGCGUUCGCCGAGAGCGCCGCGGCCGCAAAAAUCGAGAAAUUGGAGAUUAGCAAUGGGACUCUGACCUCGCUGCCUAUGGAAGCAUUGACGCCUCUGAAGAAGCUGAAGAGGCUAGAUUUGCACGGCAACGAGAUCAAAGAGCUGAAACGGAAUCAGUUCAAGGGGCUGAGGGACACCGAGUACGUCGAUCUGUCCCAUAAUUUGAUCAACAAACUGGACAGCUCGCAUUUGGCUGACUUGACCAAGAUGGGCUGGUGCAAUAUGUCCCAUAACGCGAUCUCUGAUCUGAAGAGGGGAACGUUCGCGCGGAACUCUCUGCUCAAAGUGCUCAACCUGAGCCACAAUAAGAUCAGAAAGCUCGACUCGAACACAUUCCGCGGGAUGCGUUUCUUGAUCAGACUGUUCCUGAGCGACAAUCAGAUCAACGACGUGGGCAGAGGAACCUUUGGCCCGGUCACCAGGAUAGGGACCAUCGACCUAGCUAGGAACUUCAUCAAAAAGAUCGACUUUCAGAUGUUCAAUCAGCUCCAAUUCGCCGAGUUGCUGGACGUCUCGGAGAACUUUGUCACAGUGAUCGAGAAAUUAUCCUUCAAAGAUCUCUAUCUGGCGAAGGUCAACCUAUCUCACAACGAGAUCUCGAAGAUAGAACCUGGAGCGUUCGAGAACUGUGUGAACAUGACUGUCUUGGACCUGAGCCACAACAAGCUGGAGAACAUCUCCAAGUUCUCUUUCGAUAGCUCGACUUAUGCCACCGAGUUGCAACUGAGUUACAAUCGGUUCACCUCCCUGAACCAGGUGCCGCUGCACAACAUGACAGGCCUGAAAGUACUGAACGUCUCUCACAAUCUGAUCCACUCGGUGCCCCGCCAGACGUUCCCAAAGCUGUACGAACUGCACACGAUCGAUCUGUCGUACAACAACCUGUCGGAGAUCCAUAACGCUAUCUUUCAGACUCUGUUCAGCCUUCGGUUGUUAAACCUGUCGCAUAACUCCUUGGAAAAGAUCAAACCCUCCAUGUUCGGGCCGCUGCCGACGCUUCUGGACCUAGACAUGAGCUACAAUCAGUUGAACGACGUUGCCAGGGGCAGCCUGACCAGGCUGCCGAGCUGCAGGACCUUGACAGUGAAGAACAACCGUCUAACAAAGAUCUUCCAGCUGCCAAUUUCUCUGGCAGCCUUGGACUUCUCGGAAAAUUGGCUGGAGGAGAUACCGAUCACCGAAGUGUGGCCUUCGAUGAACGCUCUUCUGUCUCUGGACCUCUCGAAGAAUCGAUUAGGGGACAACCUGAAGUACGGUAGCUUCGAGAAUCUGCUGACCCUGAGGUCUCUCGAUCUACAAUCGAACAACAUCACGAAACCGCCGUGGGAGGCGCUCAGCACGCUGAACAGCCUGCAAUAUCUUCAUCUGCAGGACAAUCAGUUAACGGAGCUGGGAAAAUCGGCGUUCGGACGCCUGCCGAUCGUGUUCGAGCUGAAUCUUGCUCACAAUCAGAUUCGAAAUGUGAGCGUCCGAGCGUUCGAAGGCUUGCUGCAGCUGCUCACGUUAAAUCUGACGGACAACAAGCUCGAACGCAUUCCAAACGGAGCUUUCCAAGGUCUGGUAUCCCUGAGAACGCUCGAUCUUUCGCACAACAAGCUCGAGAGCCUGGACAACAAGACCCACGGCCUCUUGGACGAUUGCUUGUCCCUCGAAAGGGUGAAUCUCAGUCACAACAAGAUCUCAUUCAUCACCAAGAAAACCUUCCCCCACGAUCCUUGGAUCCCUUACAGGCUGAAGGAGAUAGAUCUCUCGUACAACACGAUGCCCGUCGUAACUUUCGAGCUAACCAGAGGAGCCAAGAAGCUUCAGGUCCUCAACAUCAGUCACAACAACAUCAACGAUAUAAGACGAUUCGUGAUCGGGAAUCUGACCGCGAUCCACACGCUGGAUCUCUCUUACAACGACAUCAACGACAUCUCCUCCGAGCCGAACAUCUUCGACCCACCUGCGAAUCUGACUAAUCUGUAUCUGAGUCACAAUCAUCUGAGUCAUAUACCCCUGAAUAAAAUCCUGCCGCUGCCUAAUUUGAAGCUUCUCGACGUGAGAUCCAACGAGAUAGGAGUGUUCGACGAUGCGUUCAUGAAGAUCAUAAAGAACGGGACGAAGCUGGAAUAUUCCGGGAAUCCUCUGCACUGCGACUGCUACGCCAGGCCCCUCAAGAGAUGGCUGAACACCCACACGGAAAUCCCAGACGAGUGGACCAACGUCACUUGCCAGAGUCCGAAUUUCCUAAUCGGUAAAACCGUUUCUGAGAUCACCGAGGAUCUGAUGGGCUGCGGCGACGGGGAGGUGAAGGAGUACCCUGAAUAUGACAUCACGCCCGAUGUGAAAUACCGGGACAUCGAAUACAACGAGGACGACAAGAGCUGGAAGGCAACCUGGUACGUGACCUCGCGAGAGGACAUCGGCGAUUUCUACGUGGUGGUUCGCGAGACCGGAAGCAGCAAGUCGGCCAUCGAGAAGGACCUGGUCUACAGCGCGCGGUCCUUCAAGAUCCAGGACCUGCAAGACCCCAGGACAAAGUACGAGCUCUGCGUUCUAGCUAGGGACUCCGAAGGGAACGUGAAGCACUUCAGAAGCUCGCAAUGUCAGAUCUUAACCCAGAGCGCGUUGGACUCGUCGACUAGGCUCACGGUUAGCAUGUCUCUGAUUCUAAUCACCCUGUCCUUCGGCGUUCUUGCGUGACCGGGGAAGAAAGAAGCCCCGUUUCAAUGGGGCGCCAUGCGAAUCCGUCGAGUUUCGUGUGUCCCACGAUUCACCGUAACACAGCGAUCCUAAUCGAUGGUCGCCAGGCGUGGAUCGUGGCUUGUACAUAGGCUGUAUGGAUACCGGUAGAAACCGCGAGGGCGUUGAACGUCGUGUAUUUAUUUUUGUAAAAAUAUAUGUCCUGUAGCUCCUGUA